GACUGAGCCCGAGGAAACGGGAGGAGAGGAGAGAAGCAAAACGAAGCUCGCAACCACGCGGAGAUGGCCUUCCGCUUCCUGCUCUCCCCGCCGAUCCUUCCGCUUCGGAGUCCCACCGCCACCGCCACCGCCACGGUCGCGUCGUACCUAAUCUCCGCCGUCCACGGCCGCCGCCGUCGCCGCCCGCUGGAACACGGCUGCCGCUGCGGUCGCCCGCCAGAGACGGCGCUUCGUGGCAGCUCCGGGGCCCGCGACUCGUACGACGACGAGGAGGCCGCCCCCCGGCCCCUCGUCAUCGACGGCAGUAGAGAAUCCUCCUCGGACCGUCAAACGGGGAGUGCAGCACCAAGAGAUCAGGUAACUUUGAAAGAAGGGGGCACAAGUAAUGCAGACCACGAGGGGUGGCAAAAUAGGCAAUGUAGUACAGAUGGGUUUUCAGAGAGCAGAUCCAAGUCAGGCUACUUCAAAGCAUUCGGGGUUGAUUUGUCCCCUGAUAAUGUGGCUGUUGCUAUCGUCUAUUUUGUGCAAGGAGUUUUAGGUCUUUCCAGGCUUGCUGUCAGCUUCUACUUAAAAGAUGAUCUUCAUCUCGAUCCAGCAGAGACUGCAGUUAUAUCUGGUUUCUCAGCCUUGCCAUGGUUGAUCAAACCCCUCUAUGGCUUUAUCAGUGAUUCCAUCCCUCUCUUUGGAUAUCGAAGAAGGUCAUAUCUAUUUCUAUCUGGCCUCCUAGGAGCACUUUCAUGGAGUUUGAUGGCGACUAUUGUGGAUGAUAAAUACAGUGCAGCACUCUCUAUUGUUCUUGGAUCUCUUGCAGUUGCCGUCUCUGAUGUCGUGGUUGAUUCUAUGGUGGUUGAGAGAGCUCGAGGUGAAUCGCAGAGUACAUCUGGAUCUCUCCAGUCACUAUGUUGGGGAUCCUCAGCCUUUGGAGGAGUUGUGAGUGCAUACUUCAGUGGUUCUUUUGUGGAUACUUAUGGCGUAAGAUUUGUCUUUGGUGUUACAGCACUUUUGCCGCUCUUGACGUCUACUGUUGCAGUUCUUGUAAAUGAAGAACGCUUGCCUUUGGGGGAACGUUCAGUCUCACUUUCAGUUUCAAGUUCAGAGUUAAUUGAGAGAUCUAAGCAGCGUAUCAUGCAGAUUUGGAAUUCAGUAAAGCAACCUAGCAUAUUCCUACCAACCUUGUUCAUAUUCCUUUGGCAAGCAACACCACAAUCAGACUCUGCUAUGUUUUUCUUUACCACAAAUAAGCUUGGGUUUUCUCCGGAAUUUCUAGGACGUGUCACGCUUGUUACAUCUAUUGCAUCCUUAUUGGGUAUUGGGCUGUACAAUUCGUUUUUGAAGGAAGUUCCAUUGAGGAAAAUAUUCCUUGUGACAACAGUUGUAGGUUCUGCUCUGGGAAUGACACAGGUUCUUCUUGUCACUGGCCUGAGCCGAAAACUUGGCAUAAGCGAUGAAUGGUUCUCCAUUGGGGAUUCCUUGAUUAUCACUGUUCUUGGUCAGGCUUCCUUCAUGCCUGUCUUGGUGUUAGCUGCGAAAUUGUGCCCUCCAGGAGUGGAAGCAACUUUGUUUGCUACUUUGAUGUCCAUUUCAAAUGCGGGCAGUGUUGCUGGCGGUCUAGUGGGCGCGGGUCUAACACAGUUCCUGGGAGUCACCAGAGACAAUUUUGAAAAUCUGGCUCUGCUGAUUGCCGUCUGCAAUCUCACUUCCCUGCUACCUCUUCCUCUUCUGGGUCUCCUGCCAGAUGAAUCCCCUACAGAUAGUUCACAGACAAAAAAUGAUUGACGUUCUCUCUUGAUGGAUUGUUACGAGACGUGUAAACUGGUGUAAGACUGCUUUUGUCUUGAGCACAGCAGUGGUCAUCACUGUAUAGAAAGAAUGGUGCGCUGACAAUGUACAAGGAGGAAGCAAUUUUUUUGCCUGGCGACUCCUUCACCAAGUGCCGUCCUCCUCCCAAGAAUCCACGCGAGAGCAGGCUGCCAGCACGCAAGAGGAGGCGGCAUGCAUGGUGGUGAGGCGGACGCCGAGUCUCGGUCCUGCUGUUGCUCUUUCUGGUUGUCCUCGUGUCCUGCAACUGCAAUUUCUUCAUAUGAACUGUGCGCUAUUAUUCA